AUGUUAUUAUUCAUAUGUUUAAACAUAAUAUCUAUUUCAAGUUAAUCAAUUAAGAUAGGAGAGAAGUGUUAAUGCAGUCAAUUAUUAAUUCAAAACGAUUGCCAAAAGAUUUCAUCAUGUUAUUGGGAUAAUUAGUUGAUGCAAUGUAAAACAUCAAUAGAUGUUUACUCCUAGAAGUAUUUACUUGAGAAUAUAAAUGAAAUGAAAGAGAACAAAGCUUAUUCCUUCUAUUGUAACCAAAUGACUUAAGAACAAUGCAAAAAGGUGUCUUCAUGUAUAUGGUUUAAAGAAUAGUGCACUCAUUUCACAGGAUGCACUGCAUACAUGAGAGAGACUCAUGAGGAGUGUUAGAGAUUGUCAAGUUUAUGCAUAUCAGAUUCUGAGACGUGUGUGAAUAUUGAUGAUUGUAGUACUUAUCAAAAUUCAUAUUCCUGCUAAUACGAUAGAUAAGGGAAGUAUUGUAAUUGGGAUAAGGUUAAACGUCAAUGUGAGAGUGCUUGGUAGUGUGAUCAGUUACCUUUGGUACUAAAAACACAUUAGGAAUGCCAAAGCCAACUCGAUAAUUGUAUAAUUUAGAUUAUAUGCGAAAGGUACUACAAAGAAAGGAGGUGGAUGUAUAACAUUGACUUAUUAAUGCUACGACUUAAUGGAGGAAGAGUCAUGUUUCACCAAUAGUGGAAAAAAUAAGGAUUGUUUUUGGAAUGGAAAUAAGUGUUUAGAAAGAACUUGCGAUAAUGCAUCAAACACUUUAAGGAGUGAUGAAGAAUGUAAGUAAUUCUUAUUAGAAUGCACAACAAAAAAAGGAGGAGGAUGUGUUUAAAGAUCAAAAUGUUAAGAUGCUCAAGUGGAGGAGGCAUGUGUUGUUAAUUAAUAUGGGGAAGGCUGUUUAUGGAAUGGAGUUAAGUGUAUGGAUAACCUAUGUGAAAAUGCACCUUCAACAUACACUACUUAUGAACAGUGCCAAAGCAUACAUAAAAUCUGUAUUACGAAUGGCAAUGGCUGCGUAACUAAUUAUGGUUGUGAGUUUGCCCUUUCUGAGUAAUAUUGUUACAAAGAUGGCGAAGAAAAUGAAUGUAUUUGGAGAGAUAAUCAUUGCAGAAGAAAAUAAUGUUAAUAAGCUGGAGACACUUAUUUUGGACAUGAAUAAUGUGAAUCAUUUAUGUUCCUGUGUACUGGAAAUAUAGAUUCAAGAGGAUGUGUUGAGAAGACUUGUCAGAAUGCUCCAUUGAGAUUGAGCUCAAAUUAGGAAUGCGAGUCGUAUUUACCAAAUAAUUAGUGUAUCACUAAAAAAGGAGGAGGUUGUAGGAAGAAUGUGAUUUGUGUGUAUAUUGAUACUGAAGAGGCUUGCAAGAUAGAUUCUAUAGGUGCUACUUNUUUAGUACAAAUUAGUUAUUAAUAUUAAAAAAUCAAAAUGUUAUUAUUCAUAUGUUUAAACAUAAUAUCUAUUUCAAGUUAAUCAAUUAAGAUAGGAGAGAAGUGUUAAUGCAGUCAAUUAUUAAUUCAAAACGAUUGCCAAAAGAUUUCAUCAUGUUAUUGGGAUAAUUAGUUGAUGCAAUGUAAAACAUCAAUAGAUGUUUACUCCUAGAAGUAUUUACUUGAGAAUAUAAAUGAAAUGAAAGAGAACAAAGCUUAUUCCUUCUAUUGUAACCAAAUGACUUAAGAACAAUGCAAAAAGGUGUCUUCAUGUAUAUGGUUUAAAGAAUAGUGCACUCAUUUCACAGGAUGCACUGCAUACAUGAGAGAGACUCAUGAGGAGUGUUAGAGAUUGUCAAGUUUAUGCAUAUCAGAUUCUGAGACGUGUGUGAAUAUUGAUGAUUGUAGUACUUAUCAAAAUUCAUAUUCCUGCUAAUACGAUAGAUAAGGGAAGUAUUGUAAUUGGGAUAAGGUUAAACGUCAAUGUGAGAGUGCUUGGUAGUGUGAUCAGUUACCUUUGGUACUAAAAACACAUUAGGAAUGCCAAAGCCAACUCGAUAAUUGUAUAAUUUAGAUUAUAUGCGAAAGGUACUACAAAGAAAGGAGGUGGAUGUAUAACAUUGACUUAUUAAUGCUACGACUUAAUGGAGGAAGAGUCAUGUUUCACCAAUAGUGGAAAAAAUAAGGAUUGUUUUUGGAAUGGAAAUAAGUGUUUAGAAAGAACUUGCGAUAAUGCAUCAAACACUUUAAGGAGUGAUGAAGAAUGUAAGUAAUUCUUAUUAGAAUGCACAACAAAAAAAGGAGGAGGAUGUGUUUAAAGAUCAAAAUGUUAAGAUGCUCAAGUGGAGGAGGCAUGUGUUGUUAAUUAAUAUGGGGAAGGCUGUUUAUGGAAUGGAGUUAAGUGUAUGGAUAACCUAUGUGAAAAUGCACCUUCAACAUACACUACUUAUGAACAGUGCCAAAGCAUACAUAAAAUCUGUAUUACGAAUGGCAAUGGCUGCGUAACUAAUUAUGGUUGUGAGUUUGCCCUUUCUGAGUAAUAUUGUUACAAAGAUGGCGAAGAAAAUGAAUGUAUUUGGAGAGAUAAUCAUUGCAGAAGAAAAUAAUGUUAAUAAGCUGGAGACACUUAUUUUGGACAUGAAUAAUGUGAAUCAUUUAUGUUCCUGUGUACUGGAAAUAUAGAUUCAAGAGGAUGUGUUGAGAAGACUUGUCAGAAUGCUCCAUUGAGAUUGAGCUCAAAUUAGGAAUGCGAGUCGUAUUUACCAAAUAAUUAGUGUAUCACUAAAAAAGGAGGAGGUUGUAGGAAGAAUGUGAUUUGUGUGUAUAUUGAUACUGAAGAGGCUUGCAAGAUAGAUUCUAUAGGUGCUACUUGUUUUUGGAAUUAUUAGGAGAAUAAAUGUCAAAAGAUCACCACAUGUUAGAGUAUUCUAAAUUAGAAGGAUUGCAUUAAGGAUAACAAUAAUUAGGCAUGUGAUUGGAUAUCAUCUAACAAGUGUGUUUAAAAGACUUGUGAUACAGCCCCAUUAUAACUUAUAAGUGAAAUAUAAUGCUAAGAGUAUUUUAAUCCAAUGAAUGGGACAGUUUGCACUUCUAAGUUAAAUGGAGGAUGCAAGAAUAAGAGUAGUUGUCAAAAUCAAUAGACAUAAGAGUCUUGCAAUGUGGAUAACUAAGGAAAUCAAUGUUUUUGGAAUGAUUCACUUAAGUUAUGUAAAUUAAAAGAAUGCAAUGAUAUUCAAAGUAAUUCAUUCUAAGAGUGUUAUUCGUUUAAUAAUAAUUGUACAAUUGGAUUGAAUGGUCGUUGUGUUCCAUUAAGAUAGUGUAAUGAAAUUGCCAAUAAAUAUGAAUGCAUUUUUGGAUAAGAUGGGCCAUGUUUAUGGAUUGAUAAUUAUUCAAAUAAAGGAGGUAAAUGUAUUCAAUACAAUUCUUGUUCAAGUAUGAAAUGGAAAACAGAUAAAGAGUGUAAACUUAUUUCCAAUUAUUGUACUACAAAUGGUUAAGAAUGUGUUCCUAUUACAAAAUGUUAGGAGACUAAUACUAGUGGUGGGUGUGUAACAGGAAUUGAAGGAAUGUGCAUAUAGUCUGUUACAGCCUUAGGGGCUUUGGAAUAACCGAAAUGUUAAGUAUUCUUACAUUGUAGUCAAGCCUAUUAUGUGACUCAUUAAGAAUGUCAAAGAGCAAAUCCAUAAUGCACAACAAAUGGAAUCUCAGGUUGUAGAUCAUUGACAUCUUGUGAUUAUUAUGUUGAAGAAGCUUGUCAUUUUAACAAUGUUGGAAUAGAGAGAAAUGAAAGAAAUCAGGUUAUUUCAACAGGCAAUUGUGUUUGGGAUGGUCAAUAUAAUAUAUGUAGAAAUGAGGAUUGCAAAGAUAUGAAAUUUAAGACUAGGGAAGAAUGUUAAGGUGCAUUACAAUCUUGCACUUCGGAUGGAUAGAAAUGUAUAAGUAAAAUGAUGUGUGCUGAUUAUCAAAAUGAUGAGUUAUGUAAUUAUGCUUUGGGGAUGGAAGGAUCUUGUAUUUGGAAAUAGUAGCGUUGUCAAUAGAAAACCUGCUCAGACGUCAGUUAACAGUGCGAAGAAGUUGAUAAUUGCAUAUCAGAUGGGAUCAAGUGCAUUCCUAAAAGAAAUUGUUCUGAAUACAAGAAUCAAGUUUCAUGCAAUUCUAUUGGGUUAGAUGGUCUAUGCUAUUGGGAUUCUACUAUUAAUCAAUGUCAUUUGAUGAGUGGAUGUAGUUCUGCCAAUCACGAUUAAAUUGCAUGUCAAUAAGCGAAUGAUAGAUGUUAUUGGCAACCUAAAACUCACAAUGAGCCAAGCCAAUGCAAAGAGCAUACUUGUUCCACUUUUGAAAGUCAAAAUGGAGAAUGCUCACAUUAUCUAACUUGGGAUUGGCAAUCUUACAACAUUUGUAGAUUUGUUUCUUUUAAAUGCAUGAAUUUUGAUGUAAAGUCUUUGACGGAACAUACAUGUUUAUUGUAUUCUUUGGAACUUUACAAAUGGAAUCCAAUCAGUUCUGCCUGUACUGAAUGUGACACAGGAGAGAACAAUCAGGAACCGAAUCGAUCGCCCAUCCCAUAAGGGUAAGGAAUAGCAGAAAUAUUGGUUUCCAAAAUUUUAAGUACAAUCAUUAUAAUUGCAUAAAUGGUUGUUUGA